AUGAACACUCCCCGCCGAGACAAAGUGAAGGUACCUACCAUAGAGCCUUUUGAUGGGACUACUGAUCCAGAAGAACACAUUGUUGCCUAUGCAUCCCAAAUUAACGUCCAGAUUGGAUGUGGGGCUACUUGGUACUUCCCCACCACCUUGAAGGGGCUCUCCCUUAUCUUGUUCAACAAGCAUGUGCCAAAUGGGAGUAUCGGGAGCUACAACGAGCUCGAGAAACUGUUCAUCAGCCAAUUCGCUGCAGGCCGAAGACAUCAAAAGACCAGUGUCAACUUGAUGGCUAUCAGACAAGGGGAAACCGAGACCCUUCGCAAUCACAUCAAAAGAUUCAAUGACGAGUUCCUAAAGAUACAUAAUCUCAAGGAUGAAACCAAGUUUGUAGCCCUCUUGGCGAGUCUACAACCAGAUGACUUCAAGUUUGAAUUGAUCAAGUCUGGGGUGUCCAACCUCGAAGAACGAAUGGAGAAGGCUCAGAUGCACAUUUAUGCUACAGAUGUUUGUAAAAUCAAAUGGGGAGGUGAGCGUGGUGCGAGGCAAAAAUAUAAACCCAACUGGGUAGAAACGUCGAAGCAUGACAAAAAGAAGAAAGAUAAUGGCAGCAAUGAACAAGCUCACCCUAUCCCCAAGAAGUCAGCUACCGUUGAAGACCAUGGAGAAGAUCCGAGGUACAACCGCAACAGGCGGGAAAUUUACCUCGAUCUCAAAGGAAAAUACAUCAUCCCUAAGACACCUGCAAUCCUUACGCCCGAGGCAAAGAGAGACAAGUCACUUUGGUGUGAGUUCCACCAUGAGUGCGGGCACACUAUGAAGAACUGCCGGGAGUUGAAGAGGGCGUGGAUCACUUAG